AUGGCGGGGACAAUCAAGGAGGGGUUGAGGAGCAUUUUAAGAGGAUGGUGGAAGAAAAUCCUGGAAGAAAAUCCUGGAAACCCUUUGUUUUUGAGAAAUUAUGCUCAAUUUCUGUAUCAGUCCAAGAGAGAUCUUCAGGGGGCAGAAGAGUAUUACUCUCGUGCAAUACUAGCAGAUCCAAAGGACGGUGAAGUUCUAUCACAAUAUGCUAAGCUAGCAUGGGAGCUCAGUCAUGACCAAGAUAGGGCUUCAAGCUACUUUGAACGAGCAGUUCAAAUUUCUCCUCAAGAUAGCCAUGUUCAUGCAGCAUAUGCACGUUUUCUCUGUGAAGCAGAGGAAUAUGUGGAUGAAAGUGUUGUGCCAGAAGAGAUCCAAGUCAUGCCAUCACAUUUUCAAGGAGCUGUCGCAUCUGCAAGUGCUUAAAAUUUGGGUUGUGGGAGCCUUGUGACCAAGGCACAUAGGUUUUGAACCUUCUGCAAGUUCAACCUAGAGAGAGAGAGAGAGAGAGAGAGAAAGAGAGGAUGGAAAUUCUUUCUGAGUGAGCUAUUGGCUGGUAGAUGAUAGCAUUAUUCGAGAAUAAGAAUGGCCUUACUAUUGUAUGUGUAUAGAGAAACAUUGUUUAUGUAUACAGGUAAACUGACAAUGGAAGCCAGAGUUCAUACUCAAUGUCACCGUUUGAUU